GUUAAUAAUUAUUCCAUUAUCUUGAGUUAUUGACCUGAAGUAAAAUUCCCUAUCAAAUAAUUUGCAUUACAGAAAUGAAUGUUUGCCACAACAUCCAUGAACUUAGCGGCUCUUGAGUUAACCCGUUAAUUGUACCUAGUAAGAUAGGGUUAUGUGUAUUUUAUUAUUAAUAUUAUAAUUUUAAUGUAUUUGAACUUAUAAAGGAAGGUGAUAGAUAAAAAAAUUAACGGUUCAUUAGCAAGUAACCUCAAUUUCGUUCGAAAAUGUUGUCGUCGGCUUCAGGAGUAAUGUCCAAUAAUGGAUCAUAUAAAAAUGAUUGGGGCCCUACUGGAACCGAACCUGAAUACGCAAUCGAUCCUGCUUCUGGGGGUUUCUUUCAUUCAGACUAUAAAAAGCACGACGAUUUAAAGGAAAUGCUGGAUUCGAAUAAGGACAGUUUAAAGCUGGAGGCGAUGAAAAGGAUUAUUGGGAUGGUCGCAAAAGGAAGAGAUGCAUCUGAUCUGUUUCCUGCUGUCGUUAAAAAUGUGGUGUCUAAAAACAUUGAGGUGAAGAAGUUAGUUUACGUCUAUUUGGUGCGUUACGCCGAGGAACAACAAGAUUUAGCAUUGCUCUCAAUUUCGACAUUUCAAAGAGCAUUAAAGGAACCUAACCAGUUAAUAAGAGCGGGAGCAUUGCGCGUGCUGUCAAGUAUCCGCGUCUCAAUGAUCGUUCCGAUUGUGAUGUUAGCUAUCAAAGAUGCAGCGGCAGAUAUGUCACCUUAUGUUCGAAAAACUGCAGCUCACGCGAUCCCUAAAUUAUACAGUUUGGAUCCAGAACAGAAGCCAGAAUUGAUAAUGGUAAUACAGAAAUUAUUGGCCGAUAGGACUGUUUUGGUCGUCGGCUCUGCUGUAAUGGCGUUCACCGAAGUUUGUCCCGAACGCGUGGAUUUGAUUCAUCAGGUCUUUCGUAAACUAUGCGCUUUAUUGGUCGACGUGGACGAGUGGGGUCAAGUUGUCAUUAUUAAUAUGUUGACGAGAUACGCGCGUACUCAAUUUAUCAACCCUAACCUGCAUGAGAAACACAGCGAACCGGACAAGGCCUUUUACGAUUCUGGUUCAGAUACAUCGGAAAAACCGACAACCGCAUCGCUGGACCCGGACCAUCGCCUAUUACUACGGUCGACGCGCCCUCUUUUUCAAUCUCGGAACGCCGCCGUAGUAAUGGGCGUCGCGCAAUUGUACCAUCAUUGCGCUUCGAAAAGCGAAGGUCCAAUAUUAGCCAAGGCGUUAGUUCGGCUUCUCCGUUCGUACUCCGAGGUGCAAAGUAUCGUACUCGAUAAUAUAGUUUCGAUAAGUUGCCAGAAUAGGAUGACGUUUCAACCGUAUCUAAAAAGUUUUUUUAUAAGAACGUCCGAUCCGACGAAGGUGAAAUUGUUGAAGUUGGAUAUUUUGACAAACUUGGCAACCGCGUCGAACGUUUCGAUUAUUUUGCGAGAACUUCAAACGUACAUAUCUAGUAGCGACAAGCAAUUCGUCGCCGCUACUAUUCAAGCUAUUGGUAGAUGCGCAUCUUCGAUUUCUGAAAUUACAGAUUCGUGCCUUAAUGGAUUAAUUUGUCUUUUAUCGAAUAAAGAUGAGGCAAUAGUGGCAGAGAGUGUUAUAGUUAUCAAAAGACUAUUGCAAACACAAGCAGCUGAUCCAAAGGAAAUCAUAAUACACAUGACCCGAUUAUUAGAUAGUAUAACGGUUGCUCAAGCGAGAGCGGCAAUUUUAUGGUUACUAGGCGAACAUUGCGGUGGAGUCCCACAAAUUGCUCCGGAUGUGCUUCGAAAGUUAGCCAAAAGUUUUCCAGACGAGCACGAUAUAGUAAAGUUGCAAGUACUCAAUUUAGCGGUUAAGCUUUAUCUCAAGAAUCCCUCCGAAACUGGACUGCUCUGUCAGUACGUCUUUAAUUUAGCUAGAUAUGAUCAAAAUUACGAUAUUCGAGACCGAGCGAGAUUACUAAAACAGUUUACCAUUAAUCAAGAGGGUAAAAUAAUGUCGCAAAUUGGCGAAAUUUUUCUCGCGACCAAACCCGCCCCUUUGCUCCAAUCGCAAUUUCAAGGGAGGGAUCAGUUACAGUUGGGCUCUCUAUCGCAUUACAUUAACGGGCGAGCUUUAGGUUAUGAACCAUUGCCUUCAUUUCCGGAAUACCCGCCGCCUAGUGCCGUUCGCGAUGUCGACUCGUUCAUCACAGCGCAAGAAGUAAAAACAACAAAAUCGGAAAAGAGUAAACGAGAACUGUUCCUGUGGGAGUCUGAAAUUAGUUCGUCCCCAAGCUCUAGUUCUGAUGAUAGCUCGUCAUCUUCCGAAGGUAGUUCUAGCGAAGAGGUAUCAUCUUCAGAUCUGGAAAACCACAAUUCCGAAUCUGGUAAACGUAAUAGGAAAAAGACUCAAAGUUCCAGUAGCGUAUCAGAAAGUUCAUCUGAAAGUGAGGAUGAGAGCAGUAGCAACGCUAACGAAGUUGAGGUGACAGCAAAACCAGAACCACCGCAGCAGGUUAAAGAAAAAUCAAACUUAGAUCUGUUACUUGAUUUGGGAGACAUUCCCAUCACUCCAAUAAUGACUCCGUCACUAGGAGGAUUCUUAACACCUCUUGAAACUCCUUUAAUUCAAACCAUUCCACCUAAUUAUGUCUCCCAAAAGGAGUUCGAAUUGUUAAAUAAAAUAAAUGGGAGAGGCUUAAGUGUUAUGUACAGAUACACACGAAGUCCUCAUUUAUUUUCACCAACGAUGGUUAAUAUUGGCUUGGUUUUUGCGAAUAACACAAAUGCGGAUAUAUCCAACAUUCGUUUGGGGAAAAAGACAUUGUUCGCGGGUAUGGCUGUUCACGAAUUUAUGCCCAUAGCUAUACUAAAUCCACACACCAACUUAGCAGGUAGCUUAGGUGUUGACUUCAACGAUUCCACAAAUCCAGCUAGUCUGGAGAUAGUGUCUUCCAUAGGUGUAGCAAAUGUGUGCAUUAAACCAAAUAUAGGCGAAUUGAUGCGACCGGUAACAAUGCCGGAGGACGUUUUCGUUACUGAACAAUCUCGGUUGAAAGGUAUGAACGAAAACAUUGCUUACAUACCAAAGGUACCAUGGAACAGAGUAUCUGAAGUGAUAUUUCAAAUGGCAAAUGUCUCAUCUUGCCCGAGUCAAAACGAGAACAUAUUAAGAUUUGCCGGUCAAACUCUAAGUUCUUCAUUACUGGUUCUAAUAACUACAAGUUUGAAAGACGAACAAAUUUGUGUUACAGUCAACUGUGAGAAGAUUGUCAUUGGAUCUAUGCUGCUCAAUGAACUAAAAGUUGCUAUAAAAUGAAUUCCAUUAAUUUGUUUCAUUUACUUUUGUAUAUCAGUUGUAUAUUUUUUUUUCCAACAAGUUGCUGUGACAUAAUUUUUACUAUAAUCAUCCUAUUGCCCAAAAUACUUUACGCUAAAGUUGUAACUUUCCAUUGUUAUUUAUAAAUACAUGACUUGUUUAAAUUAAAAUUACUAUUCUAACGAUAUGUGCUAAUACUAA